UUGUUUCAACUUUUGAGAUCCAUUACUGUAUUGAUACAUGUAGCUGGACAGGCAAAUCCAAAUGACUUAUGAUAUCUCACCAAGACCUAGUAAUACGGAUGAUAUACCCCCACUAACUGCAUACGAUUAUAUUGUAUAGAUGAACAACUCGGUCAAAUCAAACCAAAUAGAGCUAUAAAAGUCCCAAUAACUCCAAGUUUGAGCGAGAUUCCCCAGCGCCAGUUACCUUCCCUAUUCAUGCUAGAAGAGGAUAUGGCCUUUGAGUGGAUAUUAUUGUCUUGUAUUGGGGGUUUGCUUUGCCCGCUCUCUCCCUCCCUCCUUCUCCCUCUCUCUCUCGAUCUCUAUGUUCUUGUACUUGCUCUUUUUUUCUCGGGUACAGUCAACUUCCUCAGUCUCUGGUACAUUCUUGUACACCCGAGUAACUACUAACAAUCCGAUCAAUCUGAGAUACAUUCCCAUUUUCCAACUAUAGAAUAAA